GCAAUGGACGAGGUGGUGGUGUCCAGUGUGUUCGUGUGUUCUUGACAGACACAAAUUUGUGUUUAUUUACUUUAAGCAUAGAAUCAGUAUAUUUAAAAUGUCAGAUGCUUGGGAAGAUCUGCAAGCUUUGAAGAGCAAGAGAAAUAGCCUGCGAGAAAAAUUACAGAAGCGUAAGAAGGAAAGGGAGGACAUCCUCAAUCGAUCAGGGGGACCUCUCGGAGGUCCUGAAGUAUCUCCGUCAUCUUUAUCCAAAUCGCUUAGUACUGAAAACAAAAGAUCGCCAUCUUCUGUGGUGAAAACAAGUGAUGAUCUAACUCACGAUGCAGAAAUUGUUGUUGAACCUGUCAAAACUGACCCUGCAGCAGAAAAGCAGCUUCUGCGUUGUUUAAGUGAAGUUUCACUUACUUUACCUUCAAAUAGUGAGCAGUUAGCUGCUAUGGUGGGACGGCCUCUCUUGACUGUAACAAACCUUCUCCAAAAAUUUGCCACUCAACAACUUAUUAGUAUCAAGGAUGGAGGAAAAGAUGGGUUUUUGGAAGUGGUUAGUGCUGAGCAUAGCAAACUAUCUGCUAUGGUCUUAGAGCUGGCAGAAACUGAUGAUGACCCUAAGCCCUCAAGAAGCGGUGCACUGCCAAGUAUCCGAGGAGACACUAAAAGAAAAGGUGAAGAAUUAGGAGAUGAGCCAGGAAACAAAGCUGCUAAAAUUUCAAAUUCAGACAAAGAUGAUACCAAAAAAUCAAAAGACCCAAAGGCAGAGGAUAUAAUGUCACUCCUCUCCAUGCCCUCUAUUAAAGAAAAAGAAAGUAAAAAGAUGGGGGAGGAGAUACUUGAUCUACUCAGUAAACCAACUGCUAAGGAGCGGUCACUCACUGAAAGAUUUCGCUCUCAAGGAGGAGCACAAGUCAUGGAGUUUUGUCCUCAUGGCACAAAGGCAGAAUGUGCCAAAGUGAAGCGAUCUGGCAAUGGGGGUGCUGCCCAGCUCUGCAAGAAACUCCACUUCAAAAAGAUAAUUCAGCAGCACACUGAUGAAACACUGGGCGACUGUUCCUUUUUGAACACUUGCUUCCACAUGGACACCUGCAAGUAUGUCCACUAUGAAGUGGACGGCCCAACUGUCCUCCCCAGAGAAAAUUAUGGUGGAUUAGGAAAAUCUGAAGGCCCUUCAGCAUCUAAGGACUCAACUAUUUUGUACCCACCACAAUGGGUUCAGUGUGACCUGAGAUAUUUAGACAUGAGAGUUUUAGGAAAAUUUGCUGUCAUCAUGGCUGAUCCCCCAUGGGACAUUCAUAUGGAAUUGCCUUAUGGAACUAUGUCUGAUGAUGAAAUGAGGCAACUGGGUAUUCCAACAUUACAAGACGAUGGUUUAAUUUUCCUGUGGGUGACAGGGCGAGCAAUGGAGCUGGGUCGUGAAUGCUUGAAGCUGUGGGGCUACGAACGAGUUGAUGAAAUCAUUUGGGUGAAAACAAAUCAGCUUCAAAGAAUCAUUAGAACUGGUAGAACUGGUCACUGGCUCAACCAUGGAAAAGAACACUGCUUGGUGGGAAUGAAGGGUAGCCCAGAUAAUUUAAAUCGUGGAUUAGACUGUGAUGUGAUAGUGGCAGAAGUUCGAGCCACAAGUCAUAAACCUGAUGAAAUUUAUGGUAUUAUUGAACGACUCUCACCUGGGACUCGUAAAAUAGAACUGUUUGGACGUCCUCACAAUGUUCAACCCAAUUGGAUCACUCUAGGAAAUCAAGUGGAUGGUGUUCGUCUCGUAGAUCCUGAACUUAUAAAAGCCUUUCGAGAAAGAUAUCCUGAUGGAAACUGUAUGACCCCUCCCAAGACAUGACUUUUGUUUAUCCCCUUUGUAACCACAAUUCUUCAUGUCUCAAAGAGUCUACCUUAUUUAGGUACUCCUGACUGAUCUGUUACCCUAUUAAACACAAAGUCUUAGUUUCAACUAAAUGGAACUAAGUUUGUAUUUUUGUCCAAGGCAAUUUUUAAAUCAACAUUUUUUGAACUGUUUUAAUGGAUUUAAACAUGUUUUUGUUAAGAUAUUAACCAUGCAAACCGACCCAAAAACUGUGUAUCUAAAUUUUCACUGCUAUAAUUCAUUCAAUAAAAAUGAUGAAUACACUCAG